AAUGGAAACUGUACUGAAGGAUGAAACUAGAAAGGGUCCGUGGACCGAAAAGGAAGACAUAGUUCUGGUGAACUUUGUGCACUUAUUUGGUGAUCGACGAUGGGACUUUAUAGCCAAAGUUUCAGGUUUGAAGGUGUGGCGGGAGACAAAUAUGAUAUAGGCUUGAAUCGAACAGGCAAGAGUUGCAGGCUACGAUGGGUUAAUUAUUUGCACCCUGGUCUCAAAAGAGGCAAGAUGACACCCCAAGAAGAAAAACUCGUGCUUGAUCUUCACGCCAAAUGGGGAAACAGGUGGUCAAGGAUUGCUAGGAAAUUGCCGGGUCGGACGGAUAACGAGAUCAAGAACUAUUGGAGAACUCAUAUGAGAAAAAUGGCUCAAGAUAAGAAACAAUCCAUGUCACCAUCUUCGUCUUCGUCAACUAUCACUAGAGCCGAUUCCUCGUCUGGGAAUGUAAGUUUUUAUGACACCGGAGGUCCGGAAAUGGCGGUUUUCGAAGACGUUAAAGGGUACUCCAUGGAUGAAAUCUGGAAUUACAUUGAUAUGUCUGAAGAAAAGACAAUGGGAUUACCUUUGUCCGGUAACAACGGUACUGAAGAAGGUUGUAACUUUUCAUGCCCUUCAAUGGCCUCUCCUUCAUGGGAUUUCUACUGGGAUUAUUCACUGUGGAAGAUGGAUGAAGAAGAGAGUAAGAUGCUCGUCCCAACCAAUCAAAUUCAAUUCAUUUGUUCGUAGAACUCUAACCUGUA